GAGAGAGAGAGAGAGAGAGAGAGAUGACAAACACAACUCAAGAGUCCAGAGAUCUGCUGGGGAAGAGGGAAGCUGCUGAUGAAUUACAGCUAAAUGAUAGAAUUGUUUGAAAAAUACAACCAGUUUGUGGCGACACAGAGAUUCAUAGCGACAGAUUACAGGGACAGGUUUGAAACGGACCUGACUCCGCGUCUGUGCAUCUGUGCGCGCGGCUGCCGAGGGUGACCGGGUUGGGUCUGAGCCAUGGACCCGCUGCUGCCCAUGGAGAGCGAGCGAGACGCGGACAAGGACGCGAAGAGGAAGAUCCAGUUCUCGGUGCCGUCCGCCGUGCCCACUCAGCUGGACCCACGGCAGGUGGAGAUGAUUCGACGGCGAAGGCCGACACCAGCUACGCUCUUCAGAAUGACAGAUCCACCUUCACCAGAGGAAGACUCCAGCCCACACCAGUGGGUUAUAGGAGAAAAUGGAGCCUUGAAAGCCAAACUGGUUCACGCGUCCACCUACCAGCCGCCCUCACUCAAAGCUGUGCAGAGGAUGGCUCAGGCUCACCUGGCCUCCCUGGCCUCUCUGGACAUGACCUCUGUGGACAAAGAGGACUCCUCCUCUGGAGAGGAAGAGAAAGACGCUGAGAGAAAGAUCCAGCAGCAGACAGACUCAGCGACAGAUCUAAGUGGAGAAAAACAACCACUCAGAGAUCAAUGUCCCCUGUCAGACAUAUCAUCAGUACGUUCUGAUCACAGCUGCCGUCACCACGGAGACGAAGGGGAGGCCAAAUGAAGAGAGGAUGGAAAGGGAGCUUGACAAAGGAAGACUGUUCUGACUGAGUGUUGCUGUUAGGGAGGAUGCAACCUGCACAGCACAUGUGUGUGUGAGUGUGUGUAUGUGACUGUGUACAUGCAUGUUAGGAAAACCUGAAUGUGGGAAAAGAGGAGAGGGGGAAUAGUCAGGCUUUGAGAAAAGUCAGGAGGGUAUUAAGCUGCUGUGAAGAAGAGUUUAUAUGAAAUCAUCUCUCAGUUGGGAAAAGACUAAAUUCCUGUUGGCGAAGGAUAUUGCACUGGAGAUCUGCCAGGAAUUGCGGGAUUUCUCUCGAGCAAAAAAAAAAAAGAGCUGCUGUCAGUGAAAUACUUCAGUCAAAUUCUCUAUAUCGCUGACUUAGAGUGGACUCUCUGUCUUAAGGCUCUGGCAGUAAAUGUUCAGAGAAACGUUUUAUUCAAUCAGGAGUCCACAAAGAGGCAGUUCCUCCUCCCUGCUCAGGAGGUUUAGGCUGUUUCUCAGUAAUAAAUCCCCACAACCACCGUAUGUGUUCACAAGGUGAUGUCAGUAAGACGGAGAGGAAUGCUAAUGGCAGCAAGACACAGGAAGUUAGCCAGGAGAAAUGUACAAUGGGCAGGAUUGUGUGUGUGUGUGUGUGUUUUUGAUCAAUAAUUCCAUAAUAACCUUUCAGCUUCAUGUAAAUCAAACGAUCUGCAAGAGAAAAACAUUUCUGCACCUCCUCUGGGCUCUGUUUACAACCUCACGACUAAAUCUUCAGUGUCGUCACAGGGCAGCACAUCGAGUGACUGAACACUCUGACCAAUCAUAGAGCAGUUCUCAGAGAAACACACACACACCGAGUGAGAGAGUUCCACGACAUCAGCUCUGCAUACAGAUUGCGUCUGGAGCUGGAUGCACCAAUAAGACUUCCUAUGCUGCAAAGAAACCUAAACAAAAAGGACAGCGUCUAAAAGAGAGUCACACAAUAAACACACGGAAGUGUGCCAACAUCAGCAGAGCAGAGAUUUAUAUGUGAAGAGAGAGUUGUGUAGGAAACAUGUCCGUUUUAUGGCAGUUUUCCACUACCUAGUCCUGGCACGGCGCAACUUUUUUCCCUUGUCCAUUAGUGAUAGAACCUGGUACCUGGUACUAUUUUAAGUACCUGUUCUUGCGAGGUUCCUAGCGAGCUGAGCCAAUACGAUGUGUUAAAAAUCAAACCGAACAAUGCCGAACUGUAGAUGAGUUAAAAAGACUUAAAAAUCCUAGACAUGCAUUAAUCAAAUCAACAUUUACCAAAGGAAAUGUCUAAAAUCUCAAUAUUCAACAGAGGAGCCUGGUGUAUUUAGCGACAGCGGUGCCGAGCGGCGAGCCACAUCGCAAACCCUGCCGCUGUAUUUCAGUUCAGUGACCGUGUCAGACGAAGUCGUGCAGGAAGUGCUGAGCAAAUCUUUUUGAUUAACUGAUGCUAAUGAUCCAGUACACUGAAAAAAACUUGCUUUACAAGUCACUGGUUUCAUGCAGAACAUGCUGUGAUGAACAUGCUGUGAUGAACAUGCUGUGAUGACCCCUACCCACACUGAGGAGGUACGAUAGUAAUGGAAAGCCAACUAAACCGCGUAGAGUCCAGCCACACCUUGCCGUGCUGGAACCAUGUAGUGAAAAAGUGCCAUUACAGCAUCAAUACCAAAAUGUGACUAUUUUAAUAACCUGCAAAGAAAAACUCAACAUCAGCUUUUUUUUUCGUCCACCAGAGGUUUAACUGUAUGUUUUAAAGUUCAACAAGAAUCAAAACAUCUCCAUGUUUUCUGACUCGUCUUUCCUUUUGAAAAAACAUCAAUGUAUGUAGAGACAAAUCCAGAAUUGCCAUCAUGUGCCAAGUAAACUUAUCCUGCAGGCCAAGAUCCAACUAAUGCAAACGGGGGAAAAAAAAACAGAACAUCAUCCACUUGUUUAUACUGUCUGAAUAACGUACAGCUACAUUUAUCAUGGCAGCGUGGAGUCGCUUCAGCGGGAGAAGCAGAGUUAUUUGAGGGACAGAAUGAGGUUAUUGUUUUGUGUUGCAUCUCAUGCAGAAAUCAUGCACAACAUGGGCUCCAAUGAAACACAAUACUUAAUUAUACACUACAACCUGAUGUUUUACAGUGUUCAGGGGUACAAAGACAAACCAGGCGCAUCAAAUCAUACCACAGGUCACACUGCGGUGUUUCUCUCAGUUUACUUUUUCUCAACAAGGUGUUUUCAUGUGCAAGGUCAGGGGGAGGAUGUGUUACAGAUUCCUCCAUUGUGGUCACAGCCAUUAGAAGACGUAAAUCUAAACUAAAUGAUAUCACCAUAAUACAACUAAUCAUGAGAACGCAGCACAGUUGUUUUGGUUUCUUGUAGUGAACAUGUUUUUUUGUUACAUGACGAGCAGGCAUGAUCACAGAGAAGCAGACUGAAGAAAGAACAAUCAUUGUAUUGAUGAGGAUGAAGGUUUAUUCAUGACCCCGUGUAUAAAUUCUGUUUUGUGUUGGUUGCUAAUAAAACAGUCAUAAUGAGCA